ACAUUUCCAAUGGCUCAUCAGCAUCAAAAAACUAAGCCAAUUCAAUUCCAAGCUCACAAUUGUUAACAUCCUCUCCAAUUUGUUCGCUGAGUGACACUAAGCACCAAAAUGGCCUCUACUCAAUGCUUCUUGCACCACCACGCCCUCGGUACUACUGGUUCUUCUUCUUCUUCUUCUUCUUCUUCUUCUUCUCAGCGUCUUGUGCUACACCGCAAGCCAAACCAGAUUGUUUGUAAAGCCCAGAAGCAAGACGAUGAUGUCAGCCUCGUCUCUCGCCGAUUUGCUCUCACCGUGCUCAUUGGUGUCGGAGCUGCUGCCUCUAAGGUCUCUCCUGCUGAUGCUGCCUAUGGUGAAGCUGCCAAUGUGUUUGGAAAGCCAAAGACAAACACAGACUUCAUUCCCUACAACGGAAAUGGAUUCAAGCUCUCAAUCCCCUCCAAGUGGAACCCGAGCAAGGAGGUUGAAUACCCAGGUCAGGUUCUUAGGUUUGAGGACAACUUCGAUGGCAACAGCUACGUCACCGUCACAGUCACUGAUACUGAGAAGAAAUCCAUUACUGACUAUGGUUCACCCGAAGAGUUCCUCUCUACGGUGGAUUAUUUACUAGGAAAACAAGCCUACUUUGGCAAAACUGAUGCUGAGGGUGGGUUUGAAUCAGAUGUCGUGGCAACGGCGAACAUCUUGGAGAGUUCAUCGCCUGUGAUUGGUGGGAACCAGUACUAUGCUGUGACAGUGCUGAAGACUGCUGAUGGAGAUGAAGGUGGGAAGCACCAAUUGAUCACAGCAACAGUGAAGGGUGGGAAGUUGUACAUUUGCAAGGCUCAAGCAGGAGACAAGAGGUGGUUCAAGGGGGCAAGGAGAUUUGUUGAGGCUACAGCAAGCUCUUUCAGUGUUGCUUAAAAAUUCAACACACAUGAAAGGACAAUCUGCAUGUAAAUCAUCGUCAAGUGUUUAUUUUUAAUUCAUGUUUUUGAGUUUUCUGGCCCUCUUCCCCCCCCCCCCCAAAAAAAAAAGUUUCAUUAUUUCGAGGAUAUUGAUUAUCUUAAUUUUCAUGGAGUUCGAGGUUCCCAUGCUUCCUUUC